GCGUUAUCUUCUCGGGUUCUAUAGUUCUACAAAUGACAGAUAAUGGCCCCAGCUCAGCAACAUCAGCUGUCGUAACUCACGGUGUUACGGGUGGCACCGCAGCUAGUGUUCCAAUUCAAUCAGAUUCUGCCUGGCAAGGAUCUUGGGACCACAUAUUUGAUGGUGUUACACUUGGCACGAUAACCCUGGAUAAUGCUUUCGCAAUCACGUGAGUGCUUUUGCUCUGCUUUUCUCAUUUCUGUUCUCGCAUGCCAGUCUGAACGGCCAACC